GGGGGAGAAGGUGGUAGACGACUAGCCGAUCUGGAGUUAAAGAUGGAAUUAACUGGGCAGAUGAUGAGAAAAAGAGAUGGGAAUAGAUGAAAACAUGGAGAGAAAUAAGAGAUGGAGGAGGAAGAGAGAGAUGAGGAGAGGGGGGAGAUAGGAAGCCAAAUGGAGUAGAAAAGGAUAUGAAAAAUUAGCAGACUGAGUCUAGCUGUUCAGAGACAUAAGAGUGGGAAGAAGAGGGAGGAGGGGAGAGAUGACGGGACCAGGAAGAGGCAGAGGCUGUGACUGGAUCCCAGGUCUGCAAGAUCUUUAGAGUAAGCCAGGUUUAUUAACCAUUUUCUGACACGAGAAACAUGGUCCAGCCCGUGGGUAUCCUGUUGGUUUUCAUCUGCCUGCUUCACAGUCUGUUCAGUCUUCAAGAGGAAGAUUAUUAUGCACCAACUAUGGAUUCUGUCAUUAGUAAGCCAGAGACAGAAGAUGGUGAAUGUGUCUUUCCAUUCUGGUAUAGAAAUGAAAUAUUCUACGACUGCGUCACUUUCAAUGCAAAACACAAGUGGUGUUCUUUGAACAAGACUUUUCAAGGUUACUGGAAGUACUGUUCUCUCUCAGACUAUGCUCAAUGUGCCUUUCCCUUCUGGUUCAGACGCAUGAUCUACUGGGAUUGCACAGAGGAUGGGGAAGUGUUUGGAAAAAAGUGGUGUUCACUCACUCCAAAUUUCAACAAAGACCACAUUUGGAAAUAUUGUACAUAAUGAUGAGAUUGACUAGAUGAAGAUAAGGAGGAGGAGAAGGAAGAGGAAGAGGAAGAGGAGAACUGAGGGGAACUACUCAGUUUCCUUGGAGAGUAUCCCUCUUUCUUUUGGUCAGGAGAGGAAGAGGUGGAAUCUUGAUUUCAAGCUUUUGUUCAAAUUUAAAUUUUCUUCUUCUAGGAUGUGAGAUGAUGAUGCUCUGACUGUAGAUGACUUCAGGUUUAAAUGAUGUAUUAUGGUAUUUUAUGGAGAGUUAUUAUUUAGCUUCCAUAUUUUAUUUGCUAUGUAUAUAAAAGCUCUUAAAAAAUACCAUGUCAGGUAGAAGCAA